AACGCGAGGGGUCUUCCAUUCAUUCUCAGAACUCCUGACAUUCAGGUGGAUCUUGUCCUGCCGCGUAGCCGCCAGAAUAUCCCAAAUAGCCAUCACCAUUAUCAGGUCGGACAAUGCUGCGAGUCAGGUGUCUCAGAGGAGGUAGCAGAGGGGCCGAGGCCGCCCAUCUGAUCGGAGCUAUGCUCGGCCGCGCGGUGACUGGCUGGGUGCAGGGCGUGUUCCAGAGGACCUCGAGUUCCGCCGCUGCCGCGUCCGCCGCGCAGCCCCAACGCGCCCUGGAGGAGGACGCUGUUACUGAGCCUGCGCAGCAGGAGUGCCCUGUCUGCGCCUACAACGAAUGGGACCCGCUCGAGGAGGUGAUUGUAGGCCGCGCCGAGAACGCGCGCGUGCCUCCUUUCACUGUAGAGGUCAAGGCUAACACAUAUGAGAAGCAUUGGCCCUUCUACCAGAAGUAUGGGGGCCAAACCUUUCCUGAGGACCACUUGAAGAAAGCUGUUGCUGAGAUUGAGGAAAUGUGCAAUAUUCUCCGCAUGGAGGGAGUUACAGUUCAGAGACCCGAACCCAUGGACUGGUCCUUCGAGUACAAGACUCCAGACUUCAACUCUACUGGCAUGUACGCUGCCAUGCCCAGAGACAUCCUCAUGGUGGUGGGGAAUGAGAUUAUCGAAGCCCCCAUGGCCUGGAGGUCCCGCUUCUUUGAGUACCGGGCCUACAGACCACUCAUCAAGGAGUACUUCAGAAAGGGUGCCAAGUGGACCACCGCCCCAAAACCCACCAUGUCCGAUGAGCUGUACGAUCAGGAGUACCCCAUCCGUACGGUGGAGGACAGACACAAGCUGGCUUCCCAGGGAAAGUUUGUCACCACCGAACACGAGCCGUGCUUCGACGCCGCUGACUUCAUCAGAGCUGGCAGGGAUCUGUUCGUCCAGAGGAGUCAGGUUACAAACUACAUGGGGAUUGAGUGGAUGCGUCGGCAUCUUGCCCCGGACUACAAGGUACACAUCAUAUCGUUCAAGGACCCCAACCCCAUGCAUAUUGACGCCACCUUCAACAUCAUCGGACCGGGACUGGUGCUGUCCAACCCUGACCGCCCCUGUCGCCAGGUGGAGAUGUUUGAGAAGGCCGGGUGGACCGUGGUCAAGCCUCCAACUCCUCUGAUUCCAGAUGAUCACCCUCUGUGGAUGUCCUCUAAGUGGCUGUCUAUGAAUGUCCUGAUGCUGGACCCCAAACGGGUCAUGUGUGAUGCCAAUGAGCACACCAUCCACAAGAUGUUUGAGGACCUUGGUAUCAAGACCAUCAAGGUGAACAUCCGCCACGCCAACUCCCUGGGAGGAGGCUUCCACUGCUGGACCACCGACGUGCGUCGCCGUGGUACCCUCGAGUCCUACUUCCACUAGCCACGCCAGAAACUGGCAGUUUUUAUUGAGCUUAAGUAAGGUUGAAGUCCCAAUCAACAAUCUGCAGUUGAUUUUUCCUUUAAAAAAUUUUUAAAACCACAUGUGUUGAUUUAAAGUAAACAGUCCUGUGCAUGACAGUGCCUUUCGUGACUACGCUUGGUUCUGAGUUUAAUUUUAACGCUCAACAACAAUAAAAGUUUAAAAAACUCGCUUUUAGAGAGAGAAAAAGAGAAGUACUCAAUAACCUCAAUAAAUACUGCAUUUCUGGCUUGGCUAUUGUGAAGCAACGUUGUACCAUCUAAAUGACUCUGAGUUAACAUCAAAACGAGUGGUUUGUAAAAAGAGGGCAGGGUAGGCUACUUUAUAGGUGUGAUGAUGAUGACGUCACACUUGGUCCGCGUCUGAAAUGGCACCCUAUUCACUAUAUAGUGCACUACUUUUGACCACUACUUCCUUUUUAUGAACUCAGAAAAAAAUAUCAACAUUCAUCCACUGUAUUAUCAAUUGAUGCUGCCAUAUGAUCUUUUUUUUAUAUGAUUUUUUUAAUUCAAAAGAAUGUCUCAAAGUUUUUAUAGUAGAUCACUAUUAUUAAACAAUAUGGAUUUCUUAUCUCAGGUAUUUUAUAUAUUGUAAAAAAAUUUUAAAAAAAGAGAGAGAGAGAGAGAAAAUAAUGACUUAAACGGGACAAAUGGAUACUAUAUUUGUAUUUUUCAUACAUUUUAUUUGGGCUCAUACAUUUUAUUUGGGCUCAUACAUUUUAUUUGGGCUCAUACCUUUUUCAUUGUUUCCCAGAAAUUAGCCUUUUUUAUAUCUUUGCUUAAAAGGAGAAUGAGGUCCAUAUCAGAUAUUGUGAUACCUUGCAGACCUGGGUCAAAUAUCAAAUACUUUCAAAUACUGCACUUAAUUUAGUUUGGACCGGUAGAAUGGAACCGAUGUAAUAUGGUCCCAGAAGUACAAACGCCAAGCUAAAUCAAGUGCACCUCAAACACUUUCAAGUACAUGUAUUUUUCAAGUAUUUUACGUAAGUAUUAUAAACAAGUAUUUUACAUAAGUAUUUUACACUAUGUAUUUGACCCAGUCUGAUACCUUAUGCCUCUGCUGUCUUCUACAAUAGCAACUGAGCCAGAUCUAUGCUAGUUAUUUUCAUUACACUGCUAAAGCUGCUUCUACGUUUGGCAUGGUCAAAAUACCUAUUAGGGUUCAGGAGGUCUCUGGAUGCAUCCCAAAUGGCACCCUAAUCCCUAUAUAGUGCAUAAAGUAGUGCACUAUAUAUGGAAUAGGGUGCCAUUUGGGAUGCACCAUGUGUUUAUGUAAUUAUAUAGUUUUUAGUUUACGUUCAUAGUAGUUUUCUCCUUGAUACACAUGUAAUGUAUUCUUGGAGAUCAAGUGUUUUGAAUCUUGAAUUGACGUUCGAUUGACCCAUAGCAUUAAAGAUGGCUCAAGGAUGCAAUAUCAAUUAUAAAAAAUAAAUGAUAAAAAAAAUG